CACCUAACGUUGAAACUUGGAUGCGCUGUUUAUAGUAGUAAGCAUGCGCCGUGUUCUGUGAUAGACGCGCACAGAGAAGAUAGAAGCGCUCAAACAUCCCUUCACACGAUCAUUAUCAUGCUAAAUGGUCGAUCGCAGAGUAUGGGAGUCAAUAUCACUUGGACGACGUCUCACUCGCCUCAGAGAAGCACAAAAGAAAGGUGAGACCGGGCUGGAGGCAGAGAUCGCUGAGAAUGAGAGGGCAAGGGCUGAACGAAAUCGUGCUAAGAAUGUUGAGUGUACGAGAAGGUAUCGAUCGGCAUAAAGCCUCGGCAGAAUUAGCAGAGCUUGAAGAGCGCGCAAGGCAAGGCCAGCUUCCGAGUAGUGAUGCCGAACGUUUAGAGGAGCUUCAGUAUCGGCGCACAAAAGAGGCAACGCGAAGUCGGCUAAGUCACUCUAGCCAGGGGAGUAGGCGAACCCAAACUUCACGGCCAAAGCAGGCGCUUUCCAAUCUGUCUCCUAAUGCUGCGGAUGCACAAGCAGGAUCUUCAGCAUCUUCUAUGACAGUGCCGAACGCUUUGCCAUCGAUCCAAAGCGAUGAUUCUUCAAAUUUGCACGCUUCGCCGGCGAUUGACGUUCCUGGUCUUCCGUCAUCGACGGCAGAGCAGCAGCGCCAUGAUGCGCAGGCCGUGGAGCCUCCUCUGUUUCAUGCCUCUGUAUAUCGCACAGGCACGCAAGAUGUCUCAACCUCAGAGGACGUUGAGCUAGGAAGCCAUGUCAAUGGAUCAUCUUCUGGCACAGGGAGAUCUCAUCCGGGAAGGCAUGUACAAGAUGCCGAGUCUGUAGCAUCAUCAGGGAAGGACACGCCAGAUUCGAAUGAUGCACAAGCCUUUCAGUCGCUUAAGCGCCCCGCUGCUGCCCUAUCAAAGCCUUCUGUGGCACCUACGAGCCAACAUGAUAUUCCCAAUGAGCAGCAGAAGAUGGACCGGGCCAAACCUUCUGGUAUCUUCACAGAUCCACAGUCUCCACCAGAUGCAGACUUUUCAAUGGUGGAGGGUGUCGCCAUCAACGGACAUGCUCCUCUGGCAAUAAAAGCACUGCCGAAUGGUCAUGUCAACGUCGAAAUUGGGAAUAAGAUCGCGUGUCAAAGCGAGUCGUCACAUGUCAGUCAUGCUAGACAGCGGAUAGCGAGGCUUGAGAGGGAACUUGAACAGAUGCAAGAACGGCUGGCGAGUAUCUUGUAUGAGCAAAGCAAGAAAACCAAGCUGAUAUGGAACAAUUCGAGGGCCGCUUGUCAAGUGUAUUUAAUGUACAGCUGGAAGAGAUGGAAGCCAGAUUGGACGCUCGAUAUAAUGUACAGCUGGAAGAGAUGGAAGCGAGGUUGGAAGCCCGAUAUCAAGAAUCUCAAACACGGUUGCUCAAAGUGUUUGAGGCGAAGCUGCUUGCUAUCACCCGAAAUGCUAGCGCUACUGCAUCCAAGCCGACGCGGAAUGGAACGAGCAAGGGUAUUCGAAAGGAUGUCCCCUCACAACCGGCAUUCUAGUGACAUGUUGUCCACAUGCUCAGGCUCGUCCGUUGACUAGUGGGGAUGGCGAGGCUUCAAAGAGCCACGGCGGCGAUCACAUCAUGCUUGAGCUCGAUGCUUAGCUCAUUGAACGGUAGCGGCGCAUGAGUUCAAAUCACAACGAUUCCGAGAGGCAUGUAUUAUUAUAGACAAACCAAAAGGGCUAUUCUGCACAACGCGCUCUUUGCUGUGCGCUAGUUCUAACAUCAUGAAAUCAAACACAUCGCAGCUCUGUACAAAAGCUCCACCAUCAAUCGCCACGGCUCAGCGCAAGGUGGCUCGUUCUAGAGAAUGCCGCUGUCUCUCAAUGCAUUCUGAAGGAUGGUCUCCUUGACGGCUGCAAACACGAGCCGAAUGUUGCUGGUAUCGGUUGCUUGCGUCAGGUGUGGGUAAAUGUUGAGUUUUGCACGAUUGACUUGAGUGAAUCGGUAGAGGAUAUACUUAGCAGCCUUGUUGGCAUCAGCACCGCCCUGAUAG